AUGGACCCUGGAACUGCAGUGGGCGCAAUAUCUCUAGUCUUCCAAAUCUUUGCUGUAUGCGUCCAAGGUUGUCAAGUCAUUCUUGAACUUAAAUACUUCCCCCAAGAGUAUGAUUAUCUUCGGCAUUGCUUCUACCUUGAGCAGCUUAAAUUACUAGACUGGUGGACCGCAUCAGGCUUCACAUAUGAGACGACGAUCGAAGUUGCGCAGCAAGAUGAAAGAAGGCGGGCUGCUCUCGAAUCCUUAAACCAAAUAAAAGCUUUAAUGCUUGAAGCCUCUGAGAUAAAGCAACGGCACGGCCCAUCUUCGAAAUCUGCGGAGGAUAAUAAGGGGGAGUCCGCCGGAGGUGUAUUUUCAAAACUCCCCACGAGACUCCGUUGGGUCGUAUCUGACGCAGAUAGAUUCGAACGACUAUUGGCCAGGUUUAUUGCACUAAACAAAUCACUAGAUUUCAUUUUAAAGCCAGAUCAAAGAAGUCAGUUCCUUCAGUUUCAAGAAAUUACGCAACUGGAAUUUGUACGGCUACACGACAAAGUCGAUCAAAUUCUUGAGUUCGAGCGCUCACGUCACCGCCUACCUUCAGGUCAUGGUUCAGGCGGGUCUUCUCAGGGAUCCAACGAGAAUUCGUAUAGGCUUUUAGAACGGCUAACCCGGUUCAAGGCUCUCAACAUGUCAGUCAUCGACGACGGUGUGUCUUACGAAAACGACGCGGCGGCACAGCCUCUACUGAGAGUCCCACUUUCUGAUGAUCUCAAAUUGAGUUUAUCAGCGGUUAAGCUUCAAGAUAACCAAAAAGAGGACAAAUCACAACGAGUUUCUGGUACUUUCAACGAUGCCGCGGUAUGGAUAGAGUGGAAGUGCUACGACGAAGACAUCAGUGAGUUUUACUGUCGCUUUAUUGAAAAUCGGAUUGAGCGCCUCGCUACACUGCUCCUUAAGAAUCCCGAAAAUCCCGAAAAGCUCCAUCUUCCGGCCGCUCUGGGCUAUGUCCAUGACCCGAGUUCGGCUCGGUUUGGACUUGUCUUCGAGUCGCCUACCUUGACAAGUAUAUCGAUUAUCCCGAAGCCUUCUUUAACCAUCAGGAUAGACAUGGCGCUACGGCUCACGACAAGCUUUGAUUACUCCCGUCCGUCGGAUGACCGCACAGAGCUCCCGACAAAGCAGGUCCAAUUCGACGUUCCCCGAGACGGAAAAUAUGGAUACGAAGAAAAGCACGACGUAUAUAGUCUUGGCGUAGUUUUGAUGGAAAUUGGGCUAUGGCGACCGAUUCAUCUUUCCCUCGGGCUUUCUCUAAACGAGCAUACGCAACGCCCAGUCAUAAGAGGAGUUCAGGAUGAACUCUUAAAAGCAACGCGACUUGCUUCUCUCGAGUCGGAGGUCGUCAAGCUUUGCUUGGUUGGCAAUACUAAGCCGUCUCCAAAUGGCUCCCAAAGCCUAGGGAAUAUAAGAGAAAAUGGUUAUUCUUCAGGUGACUCGAUGGACUGCCUACAGAAAGCUAAGGAAGCAUUGCAGAGUAUCAUAGUAUAAAUGCAGCAAGGCAGACAUAGAUCAAAUAUUAAGCAC